UCUCCUACGAGCACUUCUCUUCAAAAACACACCAAUCAUCUACUAGUACUACUACAGCCGUCGCCGCCUCCUCAGCCCCCUCUUAUUGUUGGCUGACCGGCCAACUCGUCGACUCCCCCUCGCCGUUACGCCGUGUACUUGUGCUCGCUGUGUUCUUCUCUCCAUCAACGCAGCAACAUAGCCCUAGUUUUCUUUGUCCAUCAGGCACAAACGCUGUUUUAAGAUGGCAACUCACGAGGCUGAUGGAAAUUUCCUUUCUCCAUCUCAAAUAGAAUCACCCGAACUAGCAGCCAUGCAGGAGAAAGCUCACAAAGGUUCUACAAGUUCUGGAUCCAAGCAUGAAUCUCGUGAUCGUACAAGAGAUAGGGAGAGGGAGUCUAAAAGCAGAGACAGGGCAAGGGAAAGAGGUAGAGACAAAGAUAGAGACAGGGACAGAGAGAAGGAUAGGGAAAGGGACAGAGACAGGGAAAGGGAAAAGGACAGGGAUAAAGACAGGGAGAGGGAACGGGAUAAAGAUCGUGAUCGACAUCACCGAGAUCGCCACAGAGACCGAAGUGAGAGAAGGGAGAGGACUGGAGAUAGGGAUGAUGCCGAUGACUACUACCGAAGCCGAGACUAUGAGAGGCGGAAAGAUUAUGAUAAAGAUAGGGAGGAAAGGCACCGGCACAGAUCUAGGUCUCGUUCAAGGGCUAAAUCUGAGCACAGAUCGAGGUCACGUUCACGCUCACGCUCCAAAAGCAAAAGGAUGAGUGGUUUUGACAUGGCUCCUCCUACUGCAUUGCUUCCAAAUACUGCCGCUGCCGUUGCAGGUCAACUUUCGGGAGCCACCCCCACAAUUCCAGGAAUGUUCCCCAAUAUGUUACCUUUGCCAGGCGGACAGUUUGGAGCCCUCCCUGUUAUGCCUGUGCAGGCAAUGACUCAGCAGGCUACUAGGCAUGCUCGCAGGGUCUAUGUUGGUGGACUUCCACCAACUGCUAAUGAGCAGUCUGUGGCAACAUUCUUUAGUCAUGUUAUGUCAGCAAUAGGAGGAAAUACGGCCGGUCCAGGAGAUGCUGUUGUCAAUGUUUACAUUAAUCAUGAAAAGAAAUUUGCUUUUGUGGAGAUGAGAUCAGUUGAAGAGGCUAGCAAUGCAAUGUCUUUAGAUGGCAUUAUUUUUGAGGGUGCACCUGUUAAAGUUAGAAGACCAAGUGACUAUAACCCCUCUCUUGCUGCCACGCUGGGCCCCAGUCAACCUAAUCCCAACCUGAAUCUUGCAGCUGUUGGGUUAACACCAGGAUCUGCUGGGGGGCUUGAGGGUCCUGACCGCAUAUUUGUUGGUGGGUUGCCGUAUUAUUUCACAGAAUCGCAAAUCAGGGAGCUUCUCGAAUCCUUUGGACCGCUUCGGGGUUUUGAUCUGGUUAAAGAUAGAGAAACAGGGAACUCCAAAGGCUAUGCAUUUUGUGUUUACCAGGACUUAUCUGUUACAGAUAUUGCUUGUGCAGCUCUUAAUGGGAUAAAGAUGGGUGAUAAAACGCUCACUGUUAGGCGUGCUAAUCAAGGUACAACACAGCCUAAACCUGAGCAGGAGAGUGUGUUAUUACAUGCGCAACAACAAAUUGCAUUACAGAGACUCAUGUUAGCACCGACUAUUGCACCAGUUACAAAGGUUGUUUGCUUAACAAAUGUGGUUACCCCCGAUGAGCUCAUGAAUGACGAAGAUUAUGAAGAUAUAGUUGAAGACAUGAGAAUUGAAUGUGCAAAGUUUGGUACAUUGGUGACUUUGAUAAUACCCCGCCCAGUUCCCGAUGUAGAAAAUGCACCUGGUGUAGGGAAGGUUUAUUUGGAAUAUGCGGACACUGAAAGUGCUGUAAAAGCUCGGCAAGGACUGAAUGGAAGGAAAUUUGGGGGAAAUGAAGUUGUUGCAGUUUUCUACCCAGAAGAUAAGUUUUGGGAGGGAGAUUACAGCGGAUAGUUCUGUCGGCUUGUAGGAAGUUUUCACUUAUUUAAAUUUGAAGUAGGUUUUGCUGCAAAGACCUGUUGUGAUUUAGUUCGCUCUUAACGGCUUCUAUAACAAUUACUGUGUGUGAUGUUAUGAUUUU